GCUCAGCUGGAUGCAGACCUGGGGCUGUCCAAAGAGCAACCCGAGGCGUUUGCGGGGACCCCGGGGGUGGGUGGGGAGCAGCCGUGUUCCUCGUCCAUCUCCAGGGGGGUUGUGCGGGAGCGCCUCCCCCUCGGCGUGGCAGUUCCCUCCGCCUGCCGGCCUCCCACCGCUGACCUUCCCCUCCUUCCUCCUCCCCUCUUGGGCAGGGCUCAGCUGGAUGCAGACCUGGGGCUGUCCAAAGAGCAGCUGGAACGCCUGACGGAGCGGGUAGUCUUCUACACCACCUCGGGCACUCGGUCCAUACAGCGCCUUUUCCUGGUGGACGACUUGGUGGAGUCCAUUAAGUUUGCUUUCUUGUUCUACAUCCUCACGUACGUGGGAGCCGUGUUCAACGGGAUGACUCUGCUUAUUCUGGGAGUUAUAAGUGCAUUUACCUUCCCUCUGCUGUACAGGCAACAUCAGGCACAAAUUGACCAGUACGUAGGGCUGGUGAGGAACCAGUUGAGUAACCUCCGAGCAAAGAUGUUGGCCAAGCUCCCGACAGCCAAAGCAAAAGCGGAAUGAAUGGCACCCCUCCUCUCUGUCCCCCCCCCCAUAUACA